AUGGAGGACCUCGAAGCAAACACGUUGCUUCUCAAACUCUCAGAGUCGCCGCUGUUUUCCAUGGCCCUCUGUGUUUCCAAUCUUAUCCAACACGCCAACAACAUUGGGGUAUUUGCCUACUUGUGCGAAAGAAUCAAAUCUUUCAAGUACGACGAUGUGGAAUUCUACGUUCCCCAACUCUGCCAGAUCCUUGUGACGGUGGAGACGGAAUCCAUGGCCCUUGAGGAUUUGCUCAUCGAUUUAUCUUCACAAUAUCCCCAUUUCACCCUCUUGACAUUCUGGCAAUUGCAGGCCCACCUUGCUGAUCUUAGCGAUGACCCGGAGUGUUACGGGUUCCAAGUGGCCAGAAGAGUGCUUAACUCCCUCCAGUACUUCUUGUUCAAUUCGGGAUCGCCAUCGAAAAAGUUUAGGGAAAACACCCACCCAGCAGUGAUUUUGUCCUCGGCAAUUGCUGGGUCGUUUGGAUUACCAUCGAUGGGUCAACAUAUUGCUCCGUUGGCAAUCUCUCAAGGAAAGAAACAAAGAUCGUUUGUGUUCCAAUUGGCAAAGAAUUAUACCUCGCAAUUGGCGAAAAACUUAACGGCAAAGAACACCAAGUUGAACUCGCGUAGGGACCCUACUGCCACUUCGGUAUCGAACGAUCCUUCAGGGAGUAAAUACGAUACCAUUGCUUCCCCAGCCAUUGGUGAUAAAGGUUUCAAAAAAGAACAUCCAAGAGAAUAUGAAGUAGAAGGCGCGGAUAAUAUCAAAUCGUUCGAGAAAAUCAUGAAUAACACUGAUAUUUUGGCAAAGAAAAAAUCCUUCAACAAAUCGUCUAAAUUGACGGCCAACGCCUUGAAACUAUACCCCACCAGUAAUGCCACCGUCAACAACAUUGAAGAUUUCGAUCUUUCGGCAUCUCGACUCAAUUUCAACGCUAAUCCAAACUCGGUUUCUUUACCGGAUUUCAGAGAUACCGUCAGCGAAGGCGGUGCGUCAUUACGCUCCGAAGGUAACAGCAUUCCUUCUUCACCAUCCAGUUCCAACGGCCUUAAUGGUGGUUCUCAAGUGCUGCUGGUCGGCAAUAAUAGAACCAGAGCCAACAGUUUGGGCCGUGGCCGUAGUGCCAUCCGUACCCAUCAUCAUCACCAUCAUCAUCCUAGUAAACGAACCAUAUCCCCAUCGCUUAUGACCACCACCACGAGAAUCAAAUUGUUGAAAAACAAUUACUUCAAAUGUGAAACCCAAUUUGCCAUUGCAUUACAACAGAUUUCCAUGAGAUUGAGCCAGGUGCCAAAAGAGGCUCGAUUGACCACUUUAAAGGCAGAAUUAUCAUUGUUGAAUCGUGAUUUGCCUGCCGAAGUCGAUAUUCCAACGUUAUUACCACCAUCGAAAAAACUCAAACUCCAUAAAUUAGUGAGAAUAACCCCCAAUGAAGCAGCGGUGCUUAAUUCCGCAGAAAAAGUUCCAUUUUUGUUACUUAUCGAGUACUUAUCUGAUGAAGUGGAUUUCGACCCAGCAAGCGAUAAUAACAUGAAACUUCUUCGGGAACGGGCGGAUAAAAAAUAUAUUUUUGAUAUGGGUACACAAACUGCUACGAGACUUGCCUCGGCCAAAGAAGAUCAAUAUGGGCUUGCCUCUCCUAAUUCCCCGAUCCCUGAUGCCCCAUCGACUCCGCAAAUGAUGAUUUACGAUGAGCAAAAUAUGGAUGAAGAGGAUUUGGGGGAUCUUUCCGUGGUGAAAUUGUCCAAUAAGAAUUCCGAGACCGAGAACUUGAAACAAAAAAUGUACAUCAACAGCGUGUCGGUGAUUCCAAAUUUGGACGAGACUCCAAUCGAUGAAGAAAACCUGUCGAAUACCAGAAGAGGCUCGAACUUGAACUUUAGUUCCAAAUACUCCCAUAUGACCCCUAAUUUGGACGGCGAGUCAGCCACCGAUGAUAAAGUGGAACCCGAAGAUUUGGCCACCCAUAUGAGAAUUGCUGCAGUGAUGUUGACCCAAUUAGACAAUCCAACCAACACCCUCCCAUCGGAUCAAAGCGGGGCUAUCAAGGCGCGGAUCAUUGAAUCAAUGCAAUCGCUUCAAGAUAAUUUUGGAUAUAACGAUAUUCAAAUGGUUAAGGGGCAGGCAGGUGAUAGAAAACUUGAAAACGAUUUGAAGCUUGGAGGAUUCCAAAACAACAAUGAGACCACUUAUCUUGGAGAAGAUUGGGAAACCAAACGUGAUAGAAUUAGAAAGGAGAGUCCAUUUGGCCAUCAUGAUAAUUGGGAAUUAUGUUCGGUCAUCAGUAAAACCGGGGAUGAUCUUCGACAAGAAGCGUUUGCUUGUCAAAUUAUUCAAGCAAUGUCACAAAUUUGGAAACAAGAGAAUAUUGGGGUCUGGGUUAAGAAAAUGCGGAUUCUUAUUACCAGUGCGAAUACAGGGCUUGUGGAAACCAUUACCAACGCCCUUUCGGUGCAUUCUAUUAAAAAAGCCCUUACGAAAAUCACCAUUGAAGAAGGCACCAACCCUAAGGGGACCAUCGAAUCUUUAUCUUUACAUUUCAAGAAGGUGUUUGGCGAUGAAGAUUCCAUAAAGUACAAGAACGCCCAGAAUAACUUUGCUGCAUCGCUUGCGUCUUAUUCUUUAAUUUGUUAUUUGCUACAGAUUAAAGAUCGCCAUAAUGGUAACAUCAUGCUCGAUAACGAGGGGCAUAUCAUUCAUAUCGACUUUGGGUUCCUUUUAUCGAACUCCCCUGGGUCGGUAGGGUUUGAAGCGGCGCCAUUCAAAUUGACCCUUGAAUACAUUGAGAUUUUAGGAGGAGUUGAUGGCGAGUGUUAUCAUAAAUUCAAGACACUUCUCAAACAAGCGUUUAUUGCCGUGAGAAAACAUGCGGAACAUAUCAUCCAGAUGGUAGAGCUUAUGCAGCGUGAAUCGACAUUGCCAUGCUUCAAAGCCGGGGAUCAGACAGCAAACCAGCUUAGGCAGAGAUUCCAAUUGCAUUUGACUGAUGGAGAGUGUGAGGAAUUUGUUGAGAAUUUCUUGAUCCAGAAGAGUAAUGGUAGUUUGUACACCAGAUUAUACGAUCAAUUCCAAUUGUUGACCCAGGGGAUCUACAGUUGA